AAAUCAUGGCUAGGGUUCCCUGCAAGCGUCUUCUUCUUGUUGCUUUUUUCCUCCUCCUCUUCAUCGCUACAACAGCUAGAGCAAUAAAUAUGCCGGUGGCUAAGGAAACUCAGAAAGUACUUCACGAUGAUCAAGUACUUACGGCGACGGAAAUUCAUGGAGAAGAUCAUGUUAAGGUUGAUGAAUUAGUAGCUAUGGACUACAGUCCGGCAACAAGGAAGCCUCCGAUCCACAAUUAACUACCAA